AGAAGUGACCAUACUUAGAAGAAAGUUAACUUCUUCAUUUAGGAAGAUUUCAGAUGCUUCAUACUUGAUUAGCUUUUUUUGCCAACACAAUGAAGGAAAUGUCCUGUUUCUGCAUGACUUUUUCUUCCUUGUUGGAACAGAUGGUGAGGGUUUACAAAUGCAUGAUUGGUAUUUUUUCAGUGACUCAUACCUCAGAGCAACAGGCUUCAGAUCGUGAUAAGCAGCCAACCAAGAUGGAUGUAAGCUUACUUGAGGAGCAGUAUGACCAUAUAAAACAGAAGCAAAAACUGCAAUCACACAUUAUUGUAUUUAAAACAGGUGAACACGAGUCUGCUCUCCCAGAAUCAAUGGUCAAUACUGUUUUAAUUAAUAAAAAAGUCAGAAGAUCAAAAUCAGUCACAGAACAUGUUCCAGUCAGAAGGGUCACACUGGAAAUGACCAGCAGUAGCAACAUACAAGACAACUCACUGUGGCGUACCCACCUGGGAAUUCACCGCCUGGUGCAAGCCCCUUGUCAAGGAGCUUCCUGGGAUCCUUCCCACUGCAAGGACAGAUCGUGCAGUUUUGACAAUCAGAGACUGAUUUCGAAGGGGAACAGCACACUGCCACACAAGGAGUCAGAAGAAGCAUGUGAACCAUCUGCGCUCAGCCCACUGGGAAGUUCAAGCACAUUGACUACUUUCAGCAAAGAGAAUGGCAGCAACAUUUCAAGCACCUGCCAAGAGCCUCCUCUGAAAUCAGCCACUUCAGCAGUUUGGACACAUCAACAUAUUUCCUCUACAAAAUGCAUGCCAGCCUGCAACAAACUAAACUUUUACCCUUUCCCUAUAAAAAAGGGCCCAGAAUUUCUGAAGCAGCAAGGAGGCUUGGAUUAUAUGUCUCACAAUGAAGAUACUCAGUUUAAGUAA